GUGACCUCCCCUCAUGACACACUGUGGCGGUGGGAGGCACCUCGCGGCAGACGGCAGCACACAAUUCAAGAUGUCACCCUCCUGUGGAAUUAGGCUUUGAGACUUCGCCUUAGUGUUUACAGUCUCUUUCUUGGAUUUUGGUAAGAUUAGAAACAUCACAGCCAUGAGUAUUCAAGGCUUCGAGCUUGUUCCGGCCAUUGAGCGUGUGAAGCUUAUGUCGGACAAAGCGAGGACCCAGAUUGAGUGCAUUGAUGUGUGUGGAAAAAAUGUAUAUAUUGGAACAAAUGACUGUUUUGUAGUACACUACAAUCUAGAAGAACAAAGCAACAAUUUUGGCCGCAUUACUUAAAGCAGAGAACAAGGACACAAGUAUUUGACGGUUAAAAAGCCAGUCGUGCAGAUAAAAGCUGCAUCUGCUUUGAAUAGAAUAAUGAUUCUCUGUGACAACACCCUCACCCUGCUGAAUAUGUUUGAUCUUGAGCCAGUCAUGACAGGAGCCAGUAAAAGUGUCAGCUGUUUCAGCAUCAAUGAAAACCCUAUCCGCACAAAUCCAUUCAGUGUAGAGAUAUGUGUGGCUUUGAAGAAGAAAGUUAUUCAGCUUUAUACAGUUACAGAGGACCGUUGAUUGCAUCUCCGAGACUUGAAUGUUCCUGAACAGCCAAUAGCUGUGGGAAUGGAUGGGAUCCAUGUGUGUGCACUUACUACUCAGUACUGCAUGAUCAAUUCACAAACAGGACAAAUUACAGACCUCUUUCCUAUUGACACAGAACAUACCAGUCCUAUUGUCAAACGCAUUAGUAAGGAGGAGUUCCUUUUAAGCAGUCCAAGUGCCCUUGGAAUGUUUGUAACAUCAGCAGGUAUAUCUCAGCGUCCACCUAUGCAGUGGUCAGAACUGAUUGCUGUUGGUUAUGUCCAUCCAUACAUCGUGGACCAUGAAUGAUGAAUUAUCACAGUUCAUAGCAUUCUGGAUCAGCAACAGAAACAAGCCAUACCUUCCAAGGGGUAUUGCAUUAAAUGAUUUGAUGGUCGGCUGUUUGUUGCUUCCAGUCGAGAAGUUUACAGCCUUCUACCUGUCCCUUUUGAAACAGGUAUUGUGUUCUUGAUGUUUGUACAGAUCCAAGCUCUUCUAGCAGACAAGCGUGUGACAGAGGCACUGGAGUUAGCUAAGAAUGCUAACCGCACUGGCAUGACAAGAGAGAAGUUUCUGAAGAUGUACCGAAGAAUUCAGCAGCAAGCAGCAUUUAUCAUGUUUGCUCAGCAAGAGUUUGAAGAGGCUAGAACUCUUUUUAAGGAGAGUGAGAUUGACAUUAGAGAGCUCAUCAGUGUAUAUCCCCAUUUACUGCCCUCCAGCUCUAAUUUUACAAGAUCCGUACCUGCUCUGCAUGAGAUAGCUGAUGUCAACCAACUUGCAAGGGGAGAUAAAUCAGUUAUUGAUGACUACAAGUACUUUCUGCGGACAUAUUUGGAAGACAUUAGAGGUACCAAAGCAGCCUAUGGCUUCAAGCUGGAGAUUGAUGUCGCUCUGCUAAAACUUUAUGCUGAGACGAACUCGCCAGAGCUCCAGACACUGGUUGCUGUGGAUACAGGUUGUGAUCUUGUUGACUGUGUGGAGUGGUUGACAAAGUAUCAGAGGUUCCAUAUCUUGGCAUUGCUAUACAAGUACCAUGGGGAACACGAUAAGGCUUUAGGUGUUUGGACAAAGCUUGUGGAUGAUGGAGUAAAGGAUGAAGCUUUUCCAGGAUUGCCUUUUGUUGUAGAGGUGCUAGCCAACUUGAGUGACCAUGAUCUUGUGUGGAAAUACAUUGACUGGGUUCUUGAAAAGGAUGAGGAGCUAGGAGUUAAGGUGCUAACAGAAAGACCACCGAAUGAGCCUCCGUCAGAACGACUGAGACCAGAUGCAGUUAUUGAUUAUUUACACCGAUUUCCAAAAGCUGUCAUCACUUACCUGGAAUAUCUAGUUUUUCAACGCAAACUAGAGAAGGAGAAAUACCACACACAUCUUGCAGUCUUAUACAUGGAUACCGUGCUUCAAAUGCUUAAGAAAGAUGGUGUGAAGAAGGAGGAACUGGAUAUAGCCCGGUCCAAGCUGCGCCACAUGCUGCAGAUGUCCAACCUUUACAGGGUACAGCUGAUACUGGGCAAGGCCAAAGAGAGCGAUAUGCAUGCUGAAUGUGCCAUUCUUUAUGGCAAGCUUGAGGAACAUGAUAAAGCUCUCCGUAUUCUUGUGCACAAACUGAAAGAUUAUGGGGCAGCUGAGAACUACUGUCUAGUCAACUCCCAAGGGAAAGAUCCAGCUUACCGCAAACGUCUUUUUCACAUUCUUCUGAGUGUUUAUCUUGACUCCAGCUAUGAGCGAAGAGAUACAUUGGUUGCUCCAGCUAUGGCUUUGCUCAACAGCAGUGUAGCAGAGUUUGACACUAUCAAGGUGUUACAGUUGUUACCAGACAAAUGGUCAGUAGGGUUGCUGAACCAAUUUUUGACACGUGCUGUGCGGUCCAGCAUGCAUAACAGUCGCAUGACAAGAAUUGAACGCAUGAUGGCCAGGGUUGAAAAUCUACGUGCAAAGGAGGCGUGCAUCGAGCUGCAGCGAGACCCCAUUGUAAUGAAUGAAGAAAGGUUAUGUGCUGUGUGCAAGCGAGCCUUCAAUGACCCCACAUUUGUCCGCUACCCCAAUGGCAUUGUGACACACGUGCAUUGCGCCAAAAACAAGUUCAUCUGCCCUGUUACAGGCCGACUUUUCAGUUCGGCUAAGAGUUGACGGAUACAGAGCCAGGGGAAUGAUUUCUAUCUGUUGGGGUCUCUCUGGCUUUAUCUCUGUGAGAAUUUGACCAAAGAUCCUGCGAACAGAGGUUUGCUAGUCUAGCAGAGACAGCACUUGACUACAUCCCUGUUGUCAGCAGACUUGUUACUUCAGUGGUCACAUUUUAAUAACUAAACAAACAGGAAAAUGACAUCACAGGUUCAUCAGGGUGGAAAUAUAGGGUGUGAAGCCUCAUCUUAAGAAUUCCUUUGAGAGAACUUCGUUUAUGGGAUACAAACUGGUUUUUAAGAUAAUACACCUAAUAUGGAAUAAGCUGUGCACCCAAAUCAAUGAAAAGGGUUUUGCUUUGUUGGUUGGUGUAUGUAUUAUCCAUGCAUCCUUGUGAAGUGUGUGUGAGAGUGAGGACAGGUGUGGAAAGAGGGCCUAUUGUUGUUUUCAUGGUAAAAAUUGAGUAUUAAUGUAUUAUUGUUUAGGUUUCUAAAUACAAGGACUCCAAGAGCUAAUAUUUUGUACCCUUAAGAGCGUUUUUAUUUUGAGCUUUUAUGCCAUGUGUAUGUUGAAAUGAGUAAAGCUUUGGUGCUUGUGUCAGAAGAGUGAGAUGAGAGUAUGUGUUGGUGUGCAUGUGUUUGCUUGUGUGUAUGAAUAUUUAGUUAUUCUUGUCUUUGUGCACUUAUGUAAUAAAAGGAGCAACUGAUGAAUGUCAUAAUAGAACAUUGUACACAGAGCUUAACUGGUAUGUUUAUAUAGAGUUGGUGAAUAUCUGCAUGUGUGAGUGUGUUUCAAGAGAGGAGGGCUAUAGCAAUAACACUGGGAGAAGUGAUUAAUUUUAUGACUAUUGUUGCCAUAGUAAGAGAUAUCGCAUGGCACUGAAAGAGCAAUUCAUCAUGACGGGAUGACCAUUGAUCAACUGUUGAUGGGAUGUGUGAAAUACCUCCCAUUAUCGAUUAAACAGUUUUAUGUCACCUCA